AUGUUUCGUCAGCUUGACAGCAUUUUGGCUUUGAUUCCGUCUUACUCCUACCUGUUCCUGGACAGUGACGGGGAGGAGAGGCAGCGUCCCACCAUGUCUCGCUACAGCCUCCAUAAUCUCCUGGACUGGAUGUACGGGGGAGUGGACCCCAGCUUUGCUGGUAAUGGAGGACCGGAGUGCGCGGCCUUUCUCUCUGGGCAGCAGCGGUUUCUGGAGAGUUUGGUCUUCCUCAGCGUGGGCGUCGUGGAGAUCCUUCUGUCUUUGUGGAAGCUCAGACAGCUGCAUUUCAGGGAACUGGAGGGUCACCUGCUGCAGCAGCCCCAGACUAAGCAAGAGAGCUUGGGCAAGAACGUACUGCUGGUGGUGGUCUGUCUUAUUUUUGGGCUGGAGGUGGGGUUCAAGUUUGCCACCAGGACUGUCAUUUACCUCCUGAAUCCCUGUCAUGUGGUCACUAUGAUGCAG